UUGUACUUAGAACCAAUUUUGUACAACGACGACAGUGAGCUUGGUAUGAAGUUUCGCAAAGUGGACCAGGGCUUCAGACAAGUAGCGCGUAUUCUUGACUCCGAUCCACGUAUUUCUGCUUUGCUGCAAUCGGCGAGACUUCAACCAACACUCGACUCAAUAUCGGAACAGCUUACUGCUUGCCAAUCAGAGCUAAACGUAUAUAUAGAUGAAAAGCGAUCAAUUUUCCCCAGAUUGUAUUUCCUAAGCGAUGACGAUCUUCUGGAAUUGUUAGGACAAGCUAGAGAUGGCGCUGACGGCAGGGAAAUUGUAAUACAAUCGCAUCUUAAAAAACUAUUUCCUGGUAUAACUAGUGUGCGGCUUGGACCUUCUGGAAUGUCCAUCACGGCGCUUUGUAGUCACUAUGGCGAGAUUUUCCAACUUGAUCAUCCCGUUGAUAUUGAUUGUUCUGUGGAAGUAUGGCUAAAGAACCUUGAAAGCGAGAUACGAUUGUCGUUGAAAAAUUUAUCGCUAAAGUGCAUAGAGAAUUACAAUAUGCAGGGUCAGGAUCCAUUUUCGCUACCUACGCAGAUACUUUGUUUGGCGCAAAAUAUUCGUUUUACCGAGCGAGCAGAGAGAGCUAUUUCUUCUAAGGAACUAUAUAAAUUAAAAGCAAAUGUGGAAAAGGAAAACAAUUAUUACGCAACAGCGGAGGCCGAGGAUGAGAGCGAGAAUCAGAAACGACAGGCUCUCAUACUCCAGUGCGCUCAUUAUGAAUCCGUAGUUGAGACUUUGAUUGAAAAUAACGUUACUUCGACGAAUGAUUGGCUUUGGCAAAAGCAGCUCAGAUUUUAUUUGUUAAAGACAAAAGAAAUAGUUGCGGAGAUGGGACUGGCUCGAAUGUCAUACUCGUAUGAAUAUCUAGGCGUAAACACCGGACAAUUCGUACGCACAGAACAAGCUGACGAGUGUUUCUUAAUAUUGACUCAGUCAUUACAUCUCGGCUUAAUGGGUAAUCCAUUUGGCCCCGCUGGGACUGGAAAAACAGAAUCCGUUAAAGCACUGGGCGGCUUACUGGGGCGACUUGUGCUGAUUUUUAAUUGCGACGAGGCUAUGGACGCCGAAUGCAUGGGACGGCUGCUAUCGGGGCUGGCGCUUUCCGGCGCGUGGGGCUGCUUCGACGAGUUCAACCGGCUGUCGAGCGCCACGCUGGCAGCCGUUUCGCAUCAGCUCGCGUCGCUGCUGGCUGCGAUACGGCAACGCCCCGACGCUCAGCGCAUUGCCCUGCUUAAUGGAAAACAGGUAGAACCUUAA